AUGGCCACCGCCAAACCCGCCAAAAUCACCAUCAUCCACCCCGAUCUCGGCAUCGGUGGCGCGGAACGACUAAUCAUCGACGUGGCUCUCGCGCUACAAUCGCGCGGCCACCCCGUCACAGUCUACACCUCCCAUCGCGACAAAUCGCACUGUUUCGAAGAAGCCCGCGACGGGACCCUCGAUGUUCGGGUGCGGGGGAAUACCAUCUUUCCCGCCCAUAUGGGCGGGCGGUUCUACGUCCUGAUGGCUAUUUUGCGCCAGUUACAUUUGACGGUUGAUUUACUGAAGGAGAUUGGCUCGACUACAAGGGAGGAAGAUGCCGAGGAGGAGAUUUUCAUCGUCGACCAGGUACCUGCCUGCGUACCGUUCUUGAAAUCGUUUGGGGGUGGCAAGAAACAACGGGUUUUGUUUUAUUGUCAUUUUCCGGAUCAGUUGCUUGCGAGACGCGAUGAGGGGGGUUCGUUGUUACAGGUUGUGAAAGGGGUGUAUCGGUAUCCGUUUGAUUGGUUUGAGGGGUGGGCGAUGAGUGCGUCGGAUAAGGUGGUUGCGAAUUCGAGGUUUACGAGGGGAGUUGUCACGGGGGUUUUUGGAAGGGAGAAGUUGGGGGAGUUGAGUGUGGUUUAUCCGUGUGUUGAUACGGCGGCGGGGGGUGAGGGGGAGGGGGAGAAGUUGUGGGGUGGGAAGAAGAUUCUCCUGAGUGUGAACCGGUUUGAGAGGAAGAAGGAUUUGGCGUUGGCGAUUCGGGCAUAUUAUGGUCUUGGGGAGGAGAAGAGGAGGGGGACGAGGUUGGUUGUUGCUGGUGGUUACGAUAAUCGCGUUCAGGAGAAUGUGCAGUAUCAUCGGGAAUUGGACGAAUUGGCGACUGGAUUGGGAUUGCAGACGGCGACGUCCAAGACGGUCAUUUCGGCGCUCUCGAUACCUGAUUCCAUCGACGUGCUCUUCCUGUUGUCCGUGCCGACCGCGUUCCGGGAUACCCUUCUGCUGCAGUCGAAGCUGCUUCUGUAUACCCCGAUUAACGAACACUUUGGCAUUGUGCCGGUCGAGGCGAUGCGCGCGGGGGUGCCGGUGCUUGCGUCGAAUACUGGGGGACCGUUGGAGACGAUCGUGGAGGGCGAAACGGGCUGGCUCCGUGAUGCCAAGGUGGAUGCCGACUGGACGGCGGUGAUGGAUAAGGUGCUGUAUGGGAUGGAGCAGGAAGAGCUGGACCGGAUGUCUGCUGCGGCAAAGAAGCGCGUGGAGCGGGAGUUUUCGCUCACGGCCAUGGGAGAGAAACUCGAGCAGGAGAUCGAGGAGAUGCUGAGCCGGGAGAGGCGGCCGUUCCAAAGGUUCCAGCAGAUUCUUGCCUUGCUGGCAUUGGUGGGGGUUGUGCUGUCCGUGGCGGUUGCCUUGCUCUUGAGGCUGUUUUGA